UUGAGUGACAGACAGCCGAUGCAAUCAUAUUCUGCUUAGUGUGCGAGUCUAGCUGAUUGACAACAAAUUGCCCAACGAGAGGCGGUUACAUGAAUUUUUAACGAACGUAGGGAUUUCACUAACCAAUCCUAGUGUAGAAACAAGGCGGGAUUUAGCGUUACCAAGGCAAGUCGAGUCCAGUAUAAAGGGAAUAACAUGGUUUCCCAGUGGCUGUUUAUGUUUACUUAAAGAACACCUUCGAAAAGGGCGUUUUGUUAGACACAGCGAAGUUUCCUGUGUCGUUACAGGUUUUUUUUUUUUGCACCUUAAGUUCUCUUCUAUGUUAAGAUUUACAAGGCCAGUGGCAUGUAAAUCUCAUAUUUCACUAAUGUGCCAGUCUUACAAAUGGAAAGGGGGCUUCACUUUGGAAACGUGAGCAUUUCCCUGGUGCUCCUCUUGUUGCUGAAAACGCUCAUCGGAUUCGGGACUUCGCAAGCUCAGGGCUCCGCCAUCGGGAGGGUGCCGCAGUCCACAACCGGGAGUCCAGGUUCGACCUCGGCGGAAGAUGGUGCAAGAGUCAUGGAGCGUGGCUUGGAGAACGUAGGCACCUCGGUCAUUGGACCAGACGUUACCGUGGAGGACGACGAGAAUGGGUCGGCGGGGGAGGCAGACGAAUCACAUGGAGAAAGUAAUGGAAGCGUCAGACAGACGAGGUCUCUUGUAAUCAUCAGUACCCUGGAUGGGCGGAUCUCUGCUCUGGAUCCUCACAACCAGGGCAGGAAGCAGUGGGACCUAGAUGUUGGCUCAGGGUGCUUGGUGUCCUCCAGCCUCAGCAAACCUGAGGUCUUUGGCAAUAAGAUGGUAAUACCGUCCCUGGAUGGUGCCUUGUUUCAGUGGAACCGGGACGGGGAGAGUAUGGAGGCAGUGCCUUUCAGUGUUGAGUCCCUGCUGGAAUCAUCAUAUCGCAUUGGAGAGGACACAGUCCUGGUCGGGGGCAAAUCCCUUACCACCUAUGGCCUGGGGGCCUACAGUGGCAAGCUUCGGUACAUCUGCUCUGCGGGGGGCUGCAGUCGCUGGGGGGAGGAUGAGGUGGAGAGUGAAGAUGUGCUCCUGCUGCAGAGGACUCAGAAGACUGUGCGAGCCAUCAGGCCUCGAUCAGGGAUGGAGAAGUGGAACUUCAGUGUUGGAAACUUUGAGCUGAAACUUGUUCCGGAGAUGCAGUCUGCAAUGAACUUCCUGGAGGGCAAAAUGGCAAAUGGUGACAGCUGGAAGGCAAGUCAGCGGGUCAUCACUGAUGAACCAACGGAGAAACAGCAGACCAAGAACCAAAACCAACAUUUGGACCUAGUUAUCAAAGUGUCUGUUCCUGAUUGGAAGGUCAUGGCUUUCAGCACUGGGCCUGAUGGACAGCUGGUCUGGGAACAUCAGUUCUGCACUCCUAUUGCCUCAGCUUGGCUGGUGGGUGGCGGUAAAGUUACGCCAAUCAGCCUGUUUGACGACACGGCCUACAGCAGCCAGUCCGAAACCGAUGAAGAUGAGGAAGAGGGCGAUCCAGCGCAGGGAGCUGCAGAGUCCAGUGUUUACCUAGGGAUGUUUCAGGGGCAGCUGUACCUCCAAUCAUCAGUAAAAAUCAGUGAAAAAUUCCCCUCCAAAGCCAUUGCUUCAGAGAAGGAUAUAAUUCCACUACCCACUGUCAAAUGGAAGCCUCUAAUACAUUCUCCAUCUCGGACACCAGCUCUGGUCGGCUCUGAUGAAUUUGACAAGUGUCUGAAUAAUGACAAGUUCUCCCACGACGAAUACAGCAACGGAGCCUUGUCCAUCCUGCAGUAUCCAUAUGACAAUGGCUACUACUUCCCCUACAGCAAGCGUUACCGAGAGAAACGUGAGAGUGCCGUAAGUCUGAUAAAGGGAAAUGGGGCGGGAGGUGACAAUCGCCGGAGAAAGGAUCCUGUGCUGCUGCUGCCCUGGUGGAAGGAGAUUCUUGGCACCAUCAUCUUCUGCAUUGCCACCACCACCUACAUUGUACGCAAGUUUUUCCACCCCCCUGCUCCUGUGGCCUAUGUGAGGCAACGGAAAGAGUCGGAGACGCAGUGCCAGACAGACAGCAAGUUUGACCUUGAAGUUGUGGAAUCCAAAGAGCCAGUUGCCAUGGAGACCCGUUCCAGUGAAUAUGUGUCCAGGUACCUGACAGACUUCGAGCCAGUGCAGUGCCUUGGCCGUGGGGGGUUUGGCGUUGUGUUUGAAGCCCGUAACAAAGUGGACGACUGCAACUACGCCAUCAAAAGAAUUCGUCUGCCCAAUAGGGAACUGGCCCGGGAGAAGGUGAUGCGAGAGGUGAAGGCUCUAGCAAAGCUGGAGCACCCGGGCAUUAUCCGCUACUUCAACGCCUGGCAAGAGAGCCCUCCCGAGGGCUGGCAGGAGGAAAUGGACCAGAGGUGGCUGAAAGAUGCAAGUACCACUGACUGGCCGAUGAGCUUCCUCGACCACAUGGAGGCGCUGUCGGUCAAAGUGCCAGUGUCCAGCUCAGUGUCCCCUGUCAUCGGGCCUCAAGGAGAUGCUCACGAAGCAUCUGCUGAUGAGCAGGCCUUGUUCUCCAGCAGUGCCGGCAGUGCUGUGGGCUUUGGCACCGAUGACGGUGACCUAUCCUUCCACCCGCUGCUGGGCCACGACAGCCUGAUGUCUGAGAGGGAUAGCCAGGCUGACCCUGACGCAUCAGACACCCCCCACUCAUUCGAGCUGUGCCCUCCUCGUGGUCCCAGUGACUGCACUUCCUCUUCCUUUGACAUUGUGUUUGAGGAUUCGGGCUGCGAUCGAGACGCUGACGCAGACACAGACUCUGGGUCUGGCCCAGCUAGUCCUGGCACAGUGACUGAGAAGAACAGUUCAUCUUCAUCACACACCAGACGACAAGAAUCCGUCCACCCUGCCUCUUCAUCUCCUCCUCGGCCAACCUCACUCGCCCUGGUUCUCCCCACAACUCCUCCAAACCAGCGGGUCCAGCCUUCACCUAAGGUCUACCUGUACAUCCAGAUGCAGCUCUGCCGGAAGGAGAACCUGAAGGACUGGAUGGCUCAGCGCUGUCUGCCGGAGCAGAGGGAGCACAACGAGUGUCUAGACAUCUUCCUGCAGAUUGCAGAAGCUGUCGACUUCCUGCACAGCAAGGGGCUUAUGCACAGGGACCUCAAGCCCUCCAACAUCUUCUUCACUAUGGACGAUGUAGUGAAAGUGGGAGACUUUGGUCUGGUGACGGCGAUGGACCAGGAGGAGGAUGAAGACGAACCAAGCUCCCUUACGCCCGCCCCACUCCUCACUCGCCACACGGGCCAGGUCGGCACCAAGCUCUACAUGAGCCCAGAGCAGCUCUCUGGAAACUCGUACUCUCACAAAGUGGACAUUUACUCACUGGGUCUGAUCCUGUUUGAGCUGCUGUAUCCUUUCAGGACUCAGAUGGAGAGAGUGAGGACGCUGACAGAAGUGAGAGCACUGCAGUUCCCAGAGGUUUUCUCCAAAAACAAUGUUCAGGAGCUGAGCAUGGUGCGCAGCAUGCUGUCACUGAGCCCCAGCGAGCGUCCCGAGGCAGCUGAGAUCACAGGGACGCCCCUCUUCCAGGACCUGGAGCUGCCUUGCCGACUGGCCGUGAGGCAGCGCUCCCGCACUUACAGCGCCUCUUCGAUGGGCCGUCCCUCACGUCAGACUUCAGCUACCUGAAAAUCCCAUGAUACAACAUGUGACCCCCCCCCCCCCGUUCAUGUCAUCCCUCCCCUCAUGGUCGGCCACCCAACAGAAACACCUCAGUCCCUGCCAUCACAUUCUGCUUAAAGACUAAGAACAGCAGACGUGCAGGAAGCGGUGCCACUCUCUUUAGAGUAGCGAGGUGCAAACCCUGCACAGCUGCUUUUCUUAGUAAAUACACACACUUUACAUUUUGUUGCCUAGGUUCCCAAUUUUAAUCACGCUUACAAAUGAAAGAAUAUUUUAAAAGUGACAGCCGUUAUGUAACGUUCACGGCCAGACUUGGCUCAAGUGGUACUUGCAAAUAAUUCUUAGUGGCUAUUUGAAAUAGCUCCGAGUACCUGGCAGGCAGUGUUUACUGCAGCCAGACGGCUCUGAGUAGACUUGGCUCGUAAUUUAUUUUGCAGUGUUUACCUGUGAUUAUGUUAAAGAGCUCCCGUUCUCCUGACUUUGACAUGGCACACUUAAAUAAUGGAGAUGGAGACAGCCGUGCUAAGAACAUGCUGCUUGCUCCUAACGUUCAGCCAGUGUUCGCUCACUCACUCACUCACGCUACACCUCAGGUAUCAAAACCAAGAGGACACUCCAAAGGGGCCUUUGAUGCUUGAUCAUCCUAUCUACUGGUGAUUUGUACUGGUUGCUGGUAUGAGCACUAAUUGGUGUCCUGACACCCAAUAUGCCUGAUUUGGGAGACCAAAAAAAAGACCACUUUUUCCCUAUGUGUUGUUUUUCUUUUCUUUACUUUUCUUUUCUUUUUUUUAAUGCAAAAAGGUGACGUAUUGCAUAGAGAAGAGUUUAUGAGUCCUUUCCAUCAGAUGUGACUUGCCUUUAGAAAGGGCCUUUGGCCCCCUCUGAAUGAAUGCUGAGCCUGUGGCUCUUGUCUUUUUGCAUGUACCUGUUAGGAAAGGUGAAGGGGUGAAUGUGAGUUUAUCUUAAAGCCAGUAAUCGGACGACGUUUUCUGUGUGUAAAUUCUACACAAUGACUCUGAGGUGCUCAAUCAUUUUUUCUAACACCUCCUCUUUGCUCUCUGUACAGAACUGAAGGGAAAACCCUGUUUAUAUGUUUUUCUUCUUUGUAAUUUAGAAGACCAAUCUUGUACAUAUUGUAAGGCGCCGUUGCUUGUAAAUGGCUUUUUCAUGAAGCAACUGUAAGAUAGUGUGAUAUACUGUGAGAGAGGAAACAAAGAGGAGACGCUCUCUGCCAUUAACGGAUAGCUGAAUGUUACAGUGUGACCUCCAGAGACAGAUGAUGGUGGUUGCCUCUUUGAAAUUAUUCUCAGUGUUUGUUUUCACAUGUUUGGGGGGGGGGGACCAAGUGGAAGGGGUUUGCCCUGCUUUGAGCACCGGCAGAGAAUCUGCAUGAACCAGAGUGCCAUUUGAAAGUCAGUUAAGUGUACUUUUCUUCAACAGAUAACUCACCUCACAUUUUUGGAAUUGUGCUACUGUGCUCCAACCCCAUCCAGCUGGUGUUCCUAGUGCAAAAAAACACAAAUACUGAGGUCCGCGGCCCUCCCGUGAUGCACACAGAUAGCAUUUAGCUAAUAAGUCGAUGCUGUUUUUCCCCUCUACGCUGUGUACUGGGGACUUGGACCUGAUGUUGGUUAUGUGAUCCACAUUUUUUUAUGUGCAUUAGAAGUGCUGAGUCACACGACCCAUUUGUAACUACACACACACACACACACACACACGCACACAAACUGCUAAUUGUAAUGUGCUUUCAAUGAUUGUACUUUUUUAAGGCUCUUGUCUUUAAUUUUCCUUUUCUUUUUUUAAAGCACAGUUUUUUGAUUACCUGCAGGGUUUUUGAUUACUGUAAAAUCCUGACUGUUACAGGAAGUCAGAGUGAUGUUUGCUUAUCCAUCCGCUCAGCUCACUGAAGAUGAGCCAUUCGUGUCCCUGUCAAGCCUCUCAUCUGCGGUUAAAACGGCCUGAAAAUCCACCACAGUGGGGGUGGAAAUUGCUUUGUUAAAGACUGUAUAAAGAAGGUGUCCUUUCUUUACAUCUUUUGUACAUUCAAUGUUUUAUAUCUGGUAAUAAUUAAGAAUUCAAACACUCGAUUCAGGGCAAGUUCUUCUGUCCCACAAAAUUGUCUGAAAGAAUUUAUAAACACUUCGUCCCCCGUUUUAAUUCCAGAGUGAACCGUGAUUAUUGAUGGACAAGGAUGGGGACUUUAAUCACCUACAGUAGGAGGUAGCUCGUCAUCUUUACACCAUUAAUACUGAAAAUAGCAUUAUAGCAUUUUACCAGAGGUUCCGCGCAUUUCCCUUUUUUCUGUCAGUCCAAGAAAAUGUGAUUACACAGUAGAUCUUCUCAUGCUUUGUUAAAUCGUGUUUCUCCUCCUUCCACUCCAGCCGUCCGGAUAGUUCCAUUGAAAAGUCAGACCCUUCCUCUCAGCGUCUGACGUCUCCUCCUCCUCCUCCUCGACAUGUAGUUGCGUGUUCUUGUACACAACUUCCAUGUUAAAUUGUAAAUAUGUUCAUUUGCUUUAUUUAUGUUUUGAUGCCAUGAUCAAUCCUUUUUGGGUUGGUGUUAUUACGAAUGCGCUUCAUGCGAUGGAGUGCGUUGGAAUAUGAUGACUUCUUAAAAGUCUAAAUUUAAUAAACUGUUCUAUA